CUCUAGACUGCCAGCUCCUGAACCUGGUUAGUGCAAGAGAGAAAUAAAGAAUCUUGCUUAAGCCAUAGUUCCUUGGGCCCCUGUGGCUUGCUUUAGGCCGGAUACACAGGCCUGGGCCUGCAGUGCUUCCUCCUUGGGAGACGGAAGGAAGAAUGAUUUUUGUCUGGAGGUGAAAGUCCUCAGCUCCACCCCCGAGCUGGCCCACCGAGCUCCAGAUGUCUUUCGAGAAAGCAGACGGAAGCACUCAGGAGUGAGAGGAAGUGACCAGAGGGGAGGCAGCAGGCCGGAGAGACAAGGCAGGUGAAGGGGUGAGGGGUGGAGGCAGCCUCGGGAGCCCGCCCACCUGGAAAGCUGAGGGCCUACAGUCCGCGGCUGGAGCCAAGAUGGGUGUCAAGGCAGGACCCCCAGAGGUGCAGAGGCUUCCACAGAGAGCAUUCCCUGCGUGGCCCUGCACCAUGCCACCCCACAGCCCACGGAGCAGAGAGGCGGGCAUGUUGCAGGUGCUGAAAACGCUGGCCAUGCUGUGGCUUGGCACCGUGACUCUCACCUACCUCCUGUGGCAAGUGCCCCGUCUCUCAACCUGGGGCCAGCUGCACCCCGAGGAAGGGCCCUCCAGGUCCCAGGGGCGUGACUCAAGCCUGACCUGGGAGCCCCUUGAAGGGGAGACCAUGCAGCAGCAGCCGGACUCCUGCCAGCUGGUCCUCGUGGAAAGCAUCCCCCAGGACCUGCGGUUUGCAGCCGGAAGCCCGUCUGCCCAGCCCCUGGCCCAGGCCUGGCUACAGCUGCUGGACACUGCCCGGGAGAGUAUCCACAUGGCUUCCUUCUACUGGUCCCUCACAGGACCUGACAUUGGGGUCAACGACUCAUCCUCCCAGCUGGGGGAGUCCCUUCUGCAGAAGCUGCAGGACCUCCUGGACAGGAACGUCUCCCUGGCUGUGGCCACCAGCCACCCGACACUGGCCAGGAACUCCACUGACCUGCAGGUCCUGGCCACCCGAGGUGCCCAGGUGCGACACGUGCCCAUGGGGAAGCUUACCAGGGGCGUUCUGCACUCCAAAUUCUGGGUCGUGGAUGGGCGGCAUGUCUACAUGGGCAGCGCCAACAUGGACUGGCGGUCCCUGACACAGGUAAAGGAGCUCGGCGCCAUCAUCUACAACUGUAGCCGCCUGGCCCGGGACCUGGAGAAGACCUUCCAGACCUACUGGGUGUUGGGGGCGCCCAAGGCUGUCCUCCCCAGACACUGGCCUCGAAACUUCUCAUCCCACAUCAACCGCUUCCAGCCCCUCAAAGCCCGCUUUGCCGGAGUGCCCACUACUGCCUACUUCUCGGCGUCGCCACCUGUGCUCUGCCCCCGUGGCCGCACCUGGGACCUGAGCGCACUGCUGGCAGUGAUGGCGGAGGCCCGGCGGUUCAUCUACGUCUCAGUAAUGGAGUAUUUCCCCACCACGCGCUUCAGCCGCCCUGCCAGGUACUGGCCAGUGUUGGACAACGCACUGCGGGCAGCGGCUUUCAGCAGAGGUGUGCAGGUGCGCCUGCUGGUCAGCUGUGGGCUCAACACGGAUCCCAGCAUGUUCCCUUACCUGCGGUCCCUGCAAGCCCUCAGCAACCCCAAGGCCGGCGUGUCAGUGGAUGUGAAAGUCUUCAUCGUGCCCGUGGGGAAUCACUCCAACAUCCCGUUCAGCAGGGUAAACCACAGCAAAUUCAUGGUCACGGAGAAGGCGGCCUACAUAGGCACCUCCAACUGGUCGGAAGAUUACUUCAGCAGCACUUCGGGUGUGGGUCUGGUGGUCAGCCAAAGGAACUCCAGCACCCAGCCAGGGGUGGCCACUGUGCAGGAGCAGCUGCGGCGACUAUUUGAGCGAGACUGGAGCUCCCGCUAUGCCGUGGGCCUAGAUGGACAAGCCCAGGGCCAGGACUGUGUGUGGCAGGGCUGAGGUCCAGCCCUUCCUGGCUCCUGGCCCGCACAGCUCUCAGUGGACACUGGCUUCCACCAGGCCUUCCCGUCUGUCCCCCAGCCUGAGCUCCAAACAGCUUCUUCCGCACAAACCCUGGUCAACGUCAAGAAUGCCCAACGUCCAGAGGUGCAAACUGUUUGCUCCCCCCUGCUCUCCAAAUACAGCCCCUUAAACCUCA